AAAGUAGCAACAUUUAUGACACUAAAUUAGUAUCACUAGACCCGUUUUGAAAUGUACAUUCGCAAUAUACCAAUUUGAUUUCAUAUAUGUUACUAAUCUUUUCUAUACGGUUGGUCAAAAAUUUAAAACUUUGAUUUAGGACAAAACCUAGAUGUACACUUAUUCGCGGACGGAGGGAGUAGGUCACAAGUAUAGGUGGUGCUGGUUCCACCUACAUUUCCCGGAAGACAUUACAGCUGGUCUUGUGUUAUUUUGCCGUGUUUCAAUUCCACCAAUCUUCCAAAGUUCAACGCUGAAAGUGAACCACUGUGUAAUUACAGCUGAACUAAUUAACCAUAGUAUUGUGUGCAAAACCAUGAUAGACACCAGCGAAGGUAUUGACAACUUCUAUCCCACUUGUAUGUAUACAUCAUCAUCCUAGCUAAUUAUUGCAGCUGUGUAUAGGGUCAAGUCAACCCUUGUUAUACUUGCAAAACGAAGCAACUAUUGUCAGAGAUAAUGAUCAUGUCGCGCACGUCAUGGGUAUUUAAUUUGCACUUGUCCCAAUUGGUUAUGCAACAAUGUUCACCCACUGCACAUUAAUGUAUAAAGCCCCUUCACUCCCCAACCACGCAGCUAGCAGUGCUUUUUGGGCUGUCAGGCAUUAUUCCGUUUCUUCAUCCUCCUGGUUAGUGAUUUAUGCUCGCUCCCUUUUUGGUCUCCCAAGUCCUAAGUUCCUCUCCUCAAUGAAGUUCAUUAUAAGAUCUUGUGGUGUUCAUGCUAUUUAUCAAUACGCAUAUGUGGUAACUCUGCAACCAUGUACUAUAUCAGUCAUCUUACCCAUGAAUAUGUUCAACAUAAUACAAAGAGUCUUCGAAAAAAUUAUAUUAAACCAGAUAUGCAAAAAUUCUCCUGAUGGAGGCGUUUCAUGAGUAAUCCUUUUCCCCUUUUUUUUGUACAGCCGAAGUGUUGUUGGUGCUUUUGAAUUUUUCAUGCUUCCCUGCUCCUUUGUUUGGUUGUAACUCCUUCUAAUCUUAAAUUUUUAAUACAAGAUGUGGAUCUGCAAGAUUCGAUUGAUUGAAUCUACAACUUAAAGUAAAAAAAAACCUUCACAAUAAUAUAGGAAAAUAUUUCUAGAUUCAAUGAUGUGGAUCUGCAAGAUUCGAUUGAUUGAAUCUAAUAAUUUGGUGCAUGUAUGGUGAAGGCAUCCAAGAUGUUUCAAGUUCAAAAUACAACAUGCUUCCUCUUACUCAUCAGUUCUUCACCAAUUUUAUACAAUACCAAACUGGUUAAUCCAUUUCUCAGAUACAGCAUUUGCUAGUUUCCCGGUGCACUCCAUAGCAUAGUAAAUCUCUUCAAAAAGGUAUGUAUGGUUCUUCUACGAUAUAGUCGAACAUUUGCUAGUUUCAUGUUGUUUUCAGUUUAUGACAUUUAAUGAGACAUGCUAAGUAAGGCAGAAAUAUUUUUGUUUUUAUUUUAAAAAAAUUGAAAUUGUAAAGCAACCCCCCUACAGUAUUGAUACUUACAUAGUCACUCAAAUUCAGAUUUUGCAGAGGUGGGACCCUUGCCUACCUCAGGAAGUUCAUAUAUACUACUCCCUUAGGGCCUAUUCUGAAGUCCUCCAGCUCCAUGCUUCACAAAUUCCAUGUGCAGAGCCGAUCCAAACUUUUUAGCUCCUAAAAGCUCACUUCAAGAAGUUGUGGUCUAUCGUAGUGUAAUAAACGUGGAGUUCCUGAAGCUGGAAGUCACAGCUCCAGGAAUCCUCUAAAACAUGGAGUUGGCUAAAAUUACCCAGUAUGCCACCGCCAAGUGAAGAAAACGUUUCUUUUAAUCUCUCUCCUCCCUUCUUUCUUUCGUGAAAACUGGCUCGUGGCUCCUUCGUACUAAACCUGCCUCUCCUUGUUUUUUGAGCUGCAUGCUCGCCUUCAAAUUGGGCUACCAGCCCAUGGAACCAUCUCCAUCCAGCCCAAUAUGUUCCCAAACGGACGUGAAUGGCUACCAGCCCAAGCUAAAGAUGGAGAAGUUGUUUUUGCCCCCCUACAGACGUGAAUAGCUGUGUGGAGUGAGAAGCUAGGUUGGGAAACUGAAUUUUUGGAGUUGGGAGAGUUGAGAGGACUUCAGAACAUGCCCUUAAUCCCAUAAUAUAAGAGCGUUUUUGACACUACACUAGUGUAAAAAGCGCUCUUAUAUUAUGGGACGAAGGGAGUACUAUCCAGCUUGUUACUGGCGGCUAGGAGACGAGAGGGGAGCAGUUGGAGCGUGGUGGUUCCUUGUUGAGAUUUUGAGUUUGUUGCCCCAGUACAUGACGUUAUAUGUGACACUGUAUCCGUCAGACAAUGCAAAAGGACCAUGGGUGUUUCCUAAACUACUUUUUUUCUCACGACAUCUUUUUUUCUUUGCCUUCAUUAGGAAAUAUGUUCUGCUGUAUUUAAAGCUACAUUAAAUAUAUACCUUCACACUUUUCUUUUCUGUAUUCACCAUAGAAGGUCCGAGCCAGCUGAUAUAACAUGAAUGCAGACAAGCGUAUACCGUUGCAUGACUUACAGAAGAUUACAAAUGAUUUCUCAGAGCACUCAAGAAUAGGUAGGGGUGGGUACGGAGACGUUUACAAGGGAGUUUACAAUGGGAGAGAGAUUGCCGUGAAGCUACUCCAUGUUGAUACUCUACGAGGACUUGAUGACCAAUUGUUCAAAAAUGAAGUUGGCAACCUUUUGAAGGCUGAGCAUCCAAAUAUCGUACAAUUAGUUGGUUAUUGUUAUGAAACAAGGAAUAUAUAUGUUGAUAACAAUGGUGCGAACGAUUUUAGUCAGCGCAUAUAUAAAAUCAUCUGCUUUGAGUACUUGCAGGGUGGAAGCCUUGACAGGCGUCUAUAUGACCACUCUUUUGCACCUAAUUGGAGCACACGUUACAACAUUAUAAAGGGGAUCUGUGAAGGUCUAAAUUUCCUUCACAAAUGUAAACCACGAAUUUUGCAUCUUGAUUUGAAGCCCGCCAAUAUAUUACUAGACAGUUCCAUGGAGCCUAAUGUGGCGGAUUUUGGAUUGUCAAGGCUCUUCACACAAACACAUACUCAUGUCACAGAAAAAAUCAUAGGAACCCAGAAGUACAUGCCACCAGAAUUCAUAAAAGAUCACAUAAUCUCACCUAAGAAUGAUGUCUUUAGUGUAGGUGUUGUCAUGAUAGAGAUAAUGACAGGACCUACAGGUUACUCCAAUUCUUUUGAAAUGGGCGAUCUGGCACAACUAAGGGGGCAGGUAAUAGACAAUUGGAAGAAUAAGAUAAAUGCCACAUCGAAGUACCCAUUAGAGGAAUCAAAUCAAAUGGAAACAUGCAUCGACACAGCAAUGCGUUGUGUGGAACCUGACAGAAACAGUCGACCCACUAUAGCAGAAGUUCUUGAUAUUCUGAACAAGACAGAAACUCAUAUUCCCAAGAGACAGUUGGCAGAUGUGGUCCUGUGUCCGACAAUUGGUUCCAAGAGUACAAUGUCUGAUACAUUGAAGAUGAUGAUAGAUGAACUAGAAAAUAUAACAAACCAAAACCAGCAUUUGAGUUCUAUGUCAAACAAGAGCUCUAAUGUACGAGAAACAACAUCAGAUGUGGAGGAAGAAGUAGUGAUUGGGAGGACUGAAGAAAUAAAGGAAAUAGUGGAUACUAUAUGUGAGAGCAUCACACCAGAGAAUAAGAUCACCAUCCUUCCUAUAUAUGGCAUUGGAGGUAUUGGCAAGACAACCCUAGCUCAGUUAGUUUUCAGUGAUUGCCGGUUCGCAGGCUAUUCUCGGGUGUGGGUUUAUGUGUCCCAAAAUCUUGACCUGAAUAAAAUUGGAAACUCUAUUAUAUCACAGCUAUCAGAGGAGAGCCACCUAGCUGAAAAGCAGAUGAUACAUAAUAAACUCAGAAAUGUACUUGCUGGUAAGAAGACUCUUAUUGUCUUAGAUGACGUGUGGGAGGAGAAUCCAGAUACACUAAACUCUUUGAAGGCUAUGGUAAGACUUGGUGCGGGCAGCGAGAUAACGAUUAUCGUAACCACAAGAGAUGAAGCCAUUGCAAGGGAAAUUUGUCAUGCAGUUGAGCCAUACAAGCUAGGAACUUUAACAGAUAAAAUUUGUUGGGGAAUAAUAAGACAAAAGGCUGCCUUGGAAGAACGAGUCGACAAAGAACAAUUGGAGCAGAUAGGAAGGGAGAUUGCCAUCAAGUGCGGAGGUGUGGCUUUGGCGGCUCAAUCACUUGGGUAUAUAUUGAGGUACAUGAGCUCUGACCAAUGGGAGUCAGUGAGGGACAGUUGCAUCUGGAAUUUAUCUACCCAGAAAGAUCCAUCAUCAAGAAUUCAUAAUGUGCUUGCAUCCCUGCUGCUAAGCUAUAGCCAUAUGCCUGAUUGGUUGAAGUUGUGCUUUUCCUACUGUGCAAUCUUUCCAAAAGGUCAUUGUAUAGUGAAGUAUGAUCUAAUUCAUCAAUGGAUUGCUCUUGGAUUCACCGAGCAAUCUUAUAUGUUUGAUCCUAUGCAGCUCUGCGAGAAUUAUGCAAGGCAACUUUUGGGGAUGUCCUUCCUUGAGUAUUCAAAGACAUCUUCGACUGAUAGAACAAGAAGGCAAGACAAAGAAUGUAUGUAUUUCACGAUGCAUGACCUAGUGCAUGAUCUCGCAAAAGAGAUCUUGUCCCAUCAAAUUAACACUGGGGGAAACAAAUGUCGCUAUGCAUUGCUCACAGAUUGUAGCAGCUCAUUGAAGUUGUCCGUGGCUUUUCCUGCAAAUAUUAAGGCUCUACAUUUUCGGGACUGUGGCAAACAAGAACUUUGUGGUGGUGCAUUUUCACCAGCUCAGUGCCUCCGUGUCUUGGAUUUAAGUGAAUGCUUUAUUCAGAAGUUACCUGAUUCUAUUGGUCAACUGAAGCAACUGAGGGUUCUGUGUGCUCCGGGGAUACAAGAUAAGAUGAUUCCCAGUUGUGUCACCAAGCUCUCAGAGUUAAAUUAUCUCGACCUUAGAUGCUCUCAGAAAAUCUCAGCAUUGCCUGAUUCAAUUGGUGAUAUGAAAGCUCUGCUGCAUCUUGAUUUAUCAUAUUGUUAUGAGAUUUGUGAACUACCCGAAUCCUUCGCGGAGCUGAAGCAGUUGGUGCAUCUAGAUUUAACAUAUUGCAGAAGAAUAUCUAUAUCAAAAUCUUUUGGUGGAUUUACCAAUCUUCAGUAUUUGAGAUUAGCAGGACAAACUAAUAUAGACGUUGAUAGGAGAGAGCUAUCAGCGGUCAUUGGUAACCUAACCAAACUUAGGUAUCUAAAUCUAUCGGGAUCCAUAGAGAGUAUGAUCACAUCAGAUAAAGUUGACAGCUUGCUUGCCUCUAUCAGCACACUUUCCAGUCUAGAGCAUCUGGACUUGUCUUAUAAUGAAGCGUGUAGCAGUAUACCAGAAAAUAUUUGCAACCUGAGGAAGCUUCAUACAUUGGACCUAGAAGGCUGCAAAAAACUGAAGAAGCUUCCCGAUCGUAUGGACCAGAUGGUUAGUCUGAAGGUUCUAAAUUUAAAACAUGUUAGGUUGGAAGAAUUGGCGGUCUCUCGCUUCAACUGUGCCUCUUUGCCACGCUUUGUGGUGCAUGCUUCAGGUGAUAGAUGUUGCAGCAAUAUCAUCCUUCUUCAGCCUACAAAUCCUGUUGAGCUGUGGAUAGAUAGACUUGAAAAUGUGAUGUCUGUAGAAGAAGCACAUAGUAUAAAAUUGAUGGAGAAACAAAAAAUUGAAGAGUUGAGAUUUCAAUGGACUGUAGCGACUGGAAGGUUUGUGGAUGACAAGGAGGUGUUGAAAAUACUAGUGCCACCAAGCAGUGUACAUAUAUUGACUAUAUCUGGUUACGGGAGUGUCAGCAUUCCUGAUUGGUUUAUGGAUAUUAGGCGAUAUCUCCCUAUUCUUUCUCAGUUGUAUUUGUGUUAUUUUCCUAAGUGCAAUAACCUACCACCACUUGGUGAACUACCAAACCUACAAUGGCUGGGUCUCUACUAUAUGGAGAGCUUGCAAGAGUGGAACAUGGGAUAUACCAGUGGUGAGGAAGGUGCAAGUGAGCUCCCUAAGCUUGAGUGCUUGACCAUAGAGCAUUGUGCCAAGCUGAGGAUAAAACCAUGUGUGCCUAGAGCUACGUCUUUGUUCAUACGUGGUUGUGACGCAAUGCUAUCAUCAUGGGGAGAGAGCCCUCCACACAACGGUACUUCCUCUUCUCCAUUAACACAGCUGGGUGUUGAAGACAGCAAGGUGCCCAUGCAUGAGUGGAGGUUGCUUCACCACCUCCCUGCCCUUAGUUGGUUAUCUAUCGUUAGUUGCAGUGAUCUGACCACUUCACCUGGGGUAAUCCAACGCCUCUCCUCCCUGGAAACAUUGUGCCUCGGAUCAUUGUCCCUCAACCAAGCAGAACUGCCAAGAUGGCUGGUUGAGCUGACAUCUCUGCAGGAGCUAACUCUGCGUGAGUGUGCAAUCACGACACUACCAGAGUGGUUAGGAGAACUAACCUCUCUCAAGAAUCUGGAGAUUAAGCACUGCGAGGGCAUCAGGUCAUUGCCAGACAGCAUCCAACAAUUGUCCAGGCUUGAAAAUCUAUGCAUUGAUGGAUGCCCUACAUUAGAGAAGUGGUUUGAAUCAAAGGAGAACAUGAUGAAGCUCGCUCACAUCAAAGACGUACAGGUGUUCCCACUAUCAGACUACCCACCAGACUCAGACGAAGAAGACUAGCAGAUGACUCUUCUUCAGGGGUCGACAAUGCGAGAGCUCUGCAUAUAUGGGUAUGCAGGAAGAGCAGCGAGUACCGCCGCCGCAGGCACGUACUGUGAUUGAUGAGGUGUGUCCAGAUGUGCUGCGUAGUGCUGUGAUGAACGUGCCUGGCUUCCCUGCGGAAGCUUUGAGAGUUGCCCUAUCUCAUUUGGAAAACACGUACCAGGUCUCUGCAUAUUUGAGAAUGCAAGAGGAGCAACGAGUGUUGUGGCUCAGGAGCUUCUUGGCGAAGGGCACCGAGUAAUCAUUAGCUACUGCUGGUCAGCCGUAAUUAUAAUGCAGAGUGAUGUGACCAGGGCUCGGCAUAUAAGCAAGCAUAUAUUUUUGCUGUUAUAACAUAUUAUGCAUCAAAAUCCUUUUGUUGGUGCUACUGGCCUCCUUAUUGGGUUGUUUUAAUGCAUACUAUGUCUAGAUGUCGAUGUAUUUUUCCUUGUAACCUUCCUGCUGAUGUUGGUAUUGCUGGUAACUCUCCAUCCUAUCGUCGUCUUUUCUGUCCAGCUGCGAUGGCUUCAGCUGAUCAGCAUCCUGGAGUGGAUUUUAUGAAUGAGGUUCAAAUAUGACCAUUCUUUUCA